UCACAGUACCUACCUUCACACCUUUUAGAGAGCAUAAGGAGAGCGCAUGAAGCCUGUUUAACACUCGCCUAGAAGCCUUUACAAAAAGAACAGUCGUUUCGUACACCAAUAAUCAUCCAACCUCAAGCCACGCCCUCGUCCCACGGUGACGUCACACCUCGCCAUCUGAUCUACCUCCAAACAUCUCCAUUGAUAAACCCCUCCUUCCAUCCCAACGCCCAUGAACCUACACCUCCAAAAACCAACCCAACCCACAUCAAAAUCAAUCCCCACCUGAAAAGAACCAACCAUGUCCUCCACCAAAUCCUACUCCACAUCCUACAUCUCCUCCUCCUCAACCAUCAACGGCCACACAACCUCAGUCUCUGAAGAGACCCACACAGACCCCGAGGGGACAAUCAUCUACCGCACAUCGCAGAAGCCCGGGGAAGAUGCGAAAGUAGAGAGAGUGAGAGUGCCGAGCGGCGGCGCGGUGGAGGGGGGAGAGAAGGGGAGGAUAGAGGAUGUGACGGAUAACGAUAAGGAGUAUGAGGAGCGCAUGGAGGACGAGUAUGCGAAACGGGAGGGGGGUGCUUAGAUGGUGAUGGAAGGGGUUGUAUCAGAUUGGCUCUAGGCAAAGGAAUGACGAACGGGUGAAGUUGUGCAGGAGUAUCUAAAGUGUUCUGUACAGAAAAGGUCACAGAACCACGGUCACUUUCUCAAGUAUGGAAAGAAUGUUAAAUAAAUCAAAUCAUUGAUUGAUUGUUUCAUGCAUUAUCAUCAAUGCAUUAUUACCGAUCCCCAUACCACCCUAACUAUCAUCAUGCCACUCAACAAAAAACAUGAAGAGAAGGAGUAAAAGCAUCAACCCUAUCGACACCCUCCUCUAACCAGGGCUCUCCCA